UUUCGUGUCGUUAAUUUGUUGACAAAAUUUGUUGUGAUUUUUUGGUUAUUUUGUAAAUGUCUAAAAUGAAUUUAACAUCGUUUGCAGCCGUUUUAAUUUAUUUAACCACCGUUCAAUCUUACAAUAUAUUGCAAGUAUCACCCAGUCCCAAUGUGCAUGGAGGACAAAUGAACCGAUACCAUGAAGUAGACUACGCCGUCAGAAAAUGGCCAGAUGGAAUUGCUUACUUCACAAUUGACUCAAGUUUAGCUAAAUUCGAAAGUGAAAUUUUACGAGCAAUUCGUCAAAUUGAAGGGACAACAUGUAUACGCUUUGUUACACGCACCGACGAGAUAAAUUACAUGUCAAUGAGAAUGGUUGAGACCGGUUGCUCAGCACCAGUUGGAUUUCAAAAUUCUGGUCCACAAGACAUUUUGAUUUAUGAACCGGAAUGUGGUUUUUAUUCGUAUUUCUUGCACCAAUUGAUCCAAUCAUUGGGAUCCAUUCAUGAACAUCAGCGUUCUGACAGGGAUGAAUAUAUUACGGUGCAAACGGAAGAUCUUCCAGAAUCAUCCUUGGCCGUUUUUCAAAAAAUGAACGAAAGCGCACACAUCCGGUCCGAAGUGUAUGAUUUUGAGAGUGUCAUGCAUUAUGGAUCAUUCAGAUUUCAAACGAAUCAGGGUGGACCGGCUAUGUUAUUCAAGAAUGGCAGCCUAAUUCCCGAAUUGCAAACAAAGACGCAGUUAAGUGAUUUGGAUAUUGUUGGCUUGAAUCGGCUGUACGAGUGUAGCAAUGCGAAAAGAUUAUUUAUAACGACAGGUAAUUCUCUGAUGCUCGUCAUUUUUUGUGUUAUUAAAACUUAUUUAUCGGCUGAUUGAGCGACUUUACAACGAUAAAAUAAACGAAUUAUCGCUGAUUAUUUAG